AUGGCCCGUUUAUUUCUAUAUACGAUCCUGGUUUUCUUGUUCGCUACUGUCUUUGCAGAAGACUAUCUCACGAGACUCAAGCAGACUCAGUCUCUUCUAAGAUCUGAUGGGCCUUCGAUGAAAGUUCUAGAUGAGUUUGACAGGUUGAUUCAGGACCUUCAUAGUGCAGAUUCUCUGGAGAAGAGUUCUCUUGUCACGGCACUUUAUAACAGAGCACUUGUUGAGAUCAGUCUAAACAAGAUGACUUCUGCCAUCGAGGAUCUCGAAACGGUGCUUACGUUAGAUCCAGGUUCGAAACCUGCAAGGGACAAGUUCAGGGAUAUUAUGGUCAAAAGAGGGGAUUUUGCCGCCGUCAAAAGAGUUUUAGGUGAGAAGGCUGAUCCAGAAUUGCUUAAGCAAAUAGCCUCCUGGGAAAAAUCCUUCAACAAACUCAGUGGUGUGUUGGAGGGCAAGAUGAAGAAAUAUGACCCAGAUGAAUGCUUGGCGGUGAUUGAGGAAGAGCUCCAACCAUUUACGCCCGAUAAUCCUGCUGUGAUUGAACUUCAUUUAGCCUGCAACAAAAAGAAAGCUGUACAGGCUUUGGGUAAGGAUAAAAAGGUGUCUGACGACGCUCUUACCGGUGUGUUGGCGGAUUACUCGAACUUGCUCAAGAGGGUGUCACAAAAAGAUUUGCAUAGGUAUGGCGAAUAUUCCAAGUACCUUUUAUUCGCACGUACAAGUUUUCGAAAUGCUUGGACGAUUGCUAAGAACUGCUUGAAAUUGGAGAAUGACAAUAAACAGUGUGGUAUUCUAUCAAAAACAUUUUCGAGGUAUCAAGAGAUCUUAAAGCCGCUAGAAGAAUAUUCUAUUCUUGAUGGGUUUCUAUAUCCUCUUUCCGAUGAGGCCAGCGAUCUCAGUGAUGAGAAGUUUGACUCUUUCCAUUUUGACUGGAAGCGCCUACAUGAUCUUUUGAACAGCGACCAACUUUUGGUGCCCAAGCGAGAACAAAAAAGCCUACCAUCAUCUGUGAAGACAAACUUCGAUUACCUUUUACUCUUGACCAAAGAAUUUGCUAGCCAGGAACUCGGUGAUGAAAAGCUAUACCUGAGCUUAAAAUUAUACCGAGACUUGACACGCUUACGCUGCGAAGCAGCCAUCUAUUCAGAUAAGACCUCAAACUGUAAAGGGAUUUGUGCUGCAGCUAUCGAGGAGGCUGGUAGGCUCUUUUUUCCCAAGCAUGCUCCACAAAUUGACGAGCAGCUUAAGAAGAAGAACUACGCUGGAGCUCGUGAACUUCUCUCACAAUUCAACAAGCAUGUUGGCAAGACGGCAGCGUUCCAAAAAAGAUGGUCAGUGAUUGAAAAAGUGCAGCAGAAGCAGCAGAAGCAGCAGCAAGCCAAAUUUCAAAAGGAACAACAAAGGCAACAGCAGCAAUGGUACCGCCAACAACAGCAGCACCAGCAGCAACAACAACAGCAACAACAAAUGAGAAGUGAUGCUUCCAAGGACUACUACAAGGUGUUGGACAUUCUGCGUGAUGCCGAUGAUAGGACUAUAAAAAAGGCGUACAGAACGCAAACCUUGAAGUACCACCCAGACAAAUAUAAAGGCGGUGAUCUCGAUGAAAAAGGAGUUGAGCAGAAAAUGCAAGAAAUUAAUGAAGCUUACGAAGUCUUAUCCAACAAGGAAUCUCGAGAGAUUUACGAUAGGGAACGUGAAGGUCAAGCGAGAGGUUUCCAAAACCGUAAUAGCGGUGGCGGAUUCCAGUUUCAAGGCAACCCUAAUUUUGGUUUUAAUUUUGGCAAUGGUGGAAUACGCUUCGGUGGAAAUGGUUUCAAUUUCGGCAACAUUAAGUUCCAGCAAGCCAAACAGCAUCAACAGCGGAAACAGAGAAAGAAGUGA